AUGUGCACCGUCUACUAUGGUCCAGUCAUUAACCCACAAUCAGUCACAGACUACCUUGCUCUUCCCCAAUGUUUAAUUUGUGUAUCUCCACAGGGUGACAUCGAAUGGAUCGUCGAGGACGUAGAGAGCACAAAGCUCAAUGAUGUCCUCACUCAGCACGAUUGCGCCCCUUCUGACAUCACUCUCGUUCGCUUGGACGACGGGGAAUUCCUCAUGCCCGGCCUGGUGGAUACCCAUACACAUGCUUGUCAAGUUCCCAACCUCGGCGUUGGUGGGGAGAUGGAGCUCCUGCAAUGGCUCGAUAAUUACACAUUCCCGACGGAAGCCAGGUUCAAGGACGUCAAAUAUGCCGAACGCGCUUAUCCUGAUGUCGUACGGCGCAUAGUCAACUCGGGUACAACAACAUGCUGUUAUUAUGGUAGUUUACAUCUAGAAGCGACCAAGGUUCUAGCCAGUCUCGUUCACGCCGCAGGUCAAAGAGCAUUUGUCGGGAAAUGCAACAUGAAUUGGAAUUGUCCACCUAAUUAUAUCGAGCCGUCUGUCAAGGAAUCUGUCGAUACCACCUUGGCUUUAUUCAAGUACAUCGAAGAGCUACCGAAAGCUACUUGCGGCGAGUCAUUGCUACAUCCCAUCCUCACCCCGCGUUUCGCUAUCUCAUGUACCGAGGAACUCUUGACGCGUCUCAGCGAAAUUGCACAGAAAAAUCCAAAGCUUGCUAUCCAGACGCACAUCUCAGAGAAUAAAUCCGAGGUCGAACUGGCUAAAAGCCUAUUCAAGACUAACAGUUACGCAGAGGUCUAUGACAAAUUUCAUUUACUUCGCGAUAACACCGUUUUGGCACAUGGCGUCCAUCUCACCGAGGAUGAAAUGAUGCUUCUUGCUAAACGUGGUUCGGGGGUGGCUCAUUGCCCGACGAGCAACUUCUAUUUGAGCAGUGGCAUGGCGAGAGUCGGUAUGCUCCUAGAUCACGGCGUGAAGGUCGGAUUGGGUACAGAUGUCGCUGGCGGCUACUCCCCGUCCAUACUCACCGAGGUCCAACACGCUAGCAUCGCAUCCAAGAUGCUCGCUAUACAAGCCACCGAUAACAAGAAAUGCAAGUGCAGCGGGGGCCACUCGGAGUUAUCAUCAUCGGGCGAAGAAGACAGUCAUUCGCGCGGUCGUCAUGGUCACAAGCACCACGAAUGCCAAUGUGACUGCGAGUGCAAUGAGAAGCAGCCCGGACGGUUCACCAAUCAAAAACUAUCUAUUGCUACUCUCUUGUACCUCGCCACCCUCGGUGGAGCGGGAGUCUGCUGUCUACAGGACCGCAUUGGCUCGUUUGAGCAGAAGAGGGCGUUCGAUGCUCUCCUUGUAAGCGUUCGAGAAGACGAUACGGGGAACCCUGCGGUGUGGGGCUACAACCCUGGUCGCGACUUGACUCAAGGUGUCACUGCGCAGAGCGCGGACAAGAGCUUGAUAGAAUGGUUGGAACGCUUUUUGUUCUGCGGAGAUGACAGGAAUAUCAAGAAGGUGAUCGUGCAAGGAAGGACGAUUGGUGGACGGGAUUACCAUCCGGCACGGUAA